AUGUCUCAAGUCAAGGAGAGUCUCUCGAUAGAAGAAACCAACAAGAUCAGGGUCUCACUCGGUCUCAAGCCACUCCCCACAACUGACUCGAGCCAGACAAAAGAACUCGACCCAGACCAGCAAGCAGAAGAGAACUACUCGAAACGGCGCCAGGAGGAAGCAGAUGCACUGCAAUCCAAGCAAGUAGCCGAGAGAGUCACCAAGGCGAAGGAGAACCGAGAACGGCUGGCGAAACUCAGCGGACGGGGACUGGGAGAGCUGGUGUCGAAUCAGGAUGACGAUGUUGACGACCUCAAGAAAUGGGUCAAACGACACAAGAAAAAAUCAGCAUCCAAGAAGAACGAUUCGCUGCUUGCAGCCAAGAAAAAAGAAGCCGAAUUGAAUGCGGAUGAGGCCGAGUAUGGCUCGCGCGAUCUCGAAGGACUCAAGGUCGGACAUGAUCUGGAUGAUCUACAGUCGAACAUGAUGGAGGAAGAGAAGAUGGUCCUGACCCUCAAAGAUUCCAAGAUCCUCGAUGGAGAAGAUGACGAACUAGAGAACGUCGAGUUGGCUGAACAUACUCGGACAAAAGAGGCCGUCGAACUCAAACGCCAGGGUAAACAGGCCGGCGAAUACACCGGUUACGAUGACGACGAGUUUAUCGCUCCUGGCCAAGCGCAAACCGUGCUCGCGAAAUACUCUGAUACAAUCGACGGCAAACAGGAUAAAUCUUUCAGGCUCGGUCAUGAUCUCUCGGUCGAUCAAGAAGACUCAUCAAAUCGUAGACACAAGAUCGACUCGACUAGCGGAUCAAAAAUCACUAAACAAGAAACUGCCGAAAUCCUCAAAAAAGACUUGCUCAGUUUGGACUAUUCAAAAACAAUUGGCAAUGAUUAUUUGGAAGAAGGUGAUCCUGGUUUCAAGAAAAAGAGCAAGAAAUCAAAGUCCAAGAAGAGCAAACAACGUGCGCCCACAUCGACGGUUCCGGAGGAGAUAGCGAACGAUAGACCGAAGGAUGGGAUGGAUAUCGACGCGCCUAAUCCAGGACCAGCAGUCGCCGAGCCGGAUGUGAUAGAUGACGAAGAGCUUCAAGUAGCAAUGUCGCGGAUGCGGAGGGAAGCAGGCAAGCUUCGCCGGAAGCACCAACAAGCGGAGCCCAAGCAAGACCUACUGGGGUCCACGAGAUCAGAUCAGGGGGAUGUAGAUAUGGGCGAGGCUCGAUCAUCACUAGCUGAGAAAGCAGAAGAGGAAGAAGCAGACGACGGGCGGCUGGUGAUCGACGAUGCUUCGGAAUUCAUUCGGACGAUCAGUUUGCAACAAGAGCGCCUCGCCGACAUUCGUCGAAAGGAAGAAGCCGCCCGGAACAAGCCCAAGCCGGUGUCGAUCGAACCGAGUCUGGGGGCGAUCGCCGAGAACGAGGCUGAUUCGCCGAUCGACGAGGAGGCAGAGCGGCGUGAGAUGGAACGAUUGAUGGCAGGAGAUUCGGAAAAGAUCGUCAGGGAUCAGGUGCAGGAGAAGCAGCAGGAGAGUGGAGAGGUGAAGGAAGCCGAAGAUGACCCGACGAGUUAUGGUGCGACGGGCACUGAGCAAUACGUCUCGGGAGGGAUGGCCUCGACCUUGUCGUUGCUCAAGUCGCAAGGACUGAUCAAGCCUAUGACGCCGGAAGAGAGGGAGAAAGAACGACUUUACAAGGACAAGAUGGCCUGGCUAAUCGAACAACGAAGGCGAGAUGGCCUCCGAGAGCUGGAGAAGGAGAAGACGAAGAAGAUGGGCGAUGCUAAAGACCAAGCUACUCGGGAAUACGAGAACAGGAUGCGCGAGGCUGCUGCCGCUAAGGAAGCUAUGGAAGCUUAUCGCCAUUACAAACCGGACGUCGAAAUCAAAUAUAAUGACGAGUUCGGCAGGGAGUUGUCUCGGAAAGAGGCCUGGAAGGCUCUCUCUCACAAGUUCCAUGGUAAAGGUAGCGGAAAAGCUAAGACUGAAAAACGGAUCAAGAAAAUCGAAGAAGAGAAAAAAUUGGCUGCAAUGGCAUCAGGAGACACGCCUACAGGAACGAACGAAGCGUUCCGAAAGCGACAAGAGAAGUUAGGCACGGCGACGAUGAUCUUAUCGGUCGGGAACAAGGGCUCGGCGCCGCACCAGGAGGAGUUUCUGUCGUCGCUAGCGAAGCCGGCAGGGGCGAGUGGCGGGUCGAAGAAGGCGAAGGGCCGCGAAGGCAAGCCGGCGAUCGGCGCCAACGCGAUCAACCGACCUUUCAACAAACAUACGAUCUCUUCCGGCCCCGAUCUUAUGAACGGCUUGGGAAGCCACAUCCAUUCCGGCAUCGACUCUUCCAUGGACGGCUUCCACACGCCCUCCGGAUUCAUGGCCCCCCGGAAAGCCGGCUUCAAGCCUAUCUCCGCCGCCGCAGCCUCUUCCACUGCCUCUUCCUCGACCACCCUUAAGCCUCAACCCUCCUCUUCUUUACUCUCUUCCGUCCUCGAUAAGGCGGCGUCGAAAUCUAAAAUCUCCAUCGGUCUGGCCCCUGGUAAACGCAAAGCUGACGAAGUUCCUGACGGUUCGCCUGAUAACAAACGUCCUGCUUGA